AUGCGGCCGCGCCCGAGCCGGGAAGCGGGGAGGGCGCCUCCGCCUCGGGAAGGGCGAGUCCGGUGCCGUCGCGGGGCUGUCCGUGGGCUGGAGCCGCCGCCCUCGGGAUGCAGCUGAGCUGAGAGCCUGCGCCCGCGGACCCGAGAGCCCGCGUUCGCUGAGCGUCUUUCCUGGCGGUGAGGGGCGGUGGACUGGCAGCCGGCAGGAUGACCAACCCGGCGGCCACGCAGAACAAGGAAAUCGACUGUCUGAGUCCAGAAGCUCAGAGGCUGGCGGAGGCCAGGCUGGCAGCGAAGCGUGCGGCCCGCGCGGAGGCCCGAGAGAUCAGGAUGAAGGAGCUGGAGCGGCAGCAGAAGGAGGAAGACAGUGAGCGCUGCUCGCGCAGAUCCAGAAGGAACACCUCGGCUUCUGAUGAAGAUGAGCGCAUGUCAGUGGGUAGUCGCGGAAGCCUGAGGGUUGAAGAGAGACCAGAAAAAGAUUUCACUGAGAAGGGGUCUCGUAACCUGCCUGGCCUGUCUGCAGCCACACUGGCCUCGCUGGGUGGCACCUCCUCCCGGAGGGGGAGCGGGGACACCUCCAUCUCCAUCGACACGGAGGCAUCCAUUAGGGAGAUCAAGGAGCUCAGUGAGUUAAAGGACCAGAUUCAGGAUGUGGAAGGCAAAUAUAUGCAGGGGCUGAAAGAGAUGAAGGACUCGCUAGCAGAAGUGGAAGAGAAGUAUAAGAAGGCGAUGGUUUCCAACGCCCAGCUGGACAAUGAGAAGAUGAACUACAUGUACCAGGUCGAUACCCUGAAGGACACGCUGCUGGAGCUGGAAGAACAGCUGGCGGAGUCUAGGCGGCAGUAUGAGGAGAAAAGCAAAGAAUUCGAGCGGGAGAAGCACACCCACAGCCUGCUGCAGUUUCAGUUCGCCCAAGUGAAAGCCGCCCUGCAGCAGAGAGAGGAGAUGCUCGAGAAACACGGAAUAAUCCUAAAUUCAGAAACGGCUACCAAUGGAGAAACUCCAGACACCCUAAAUAGUGUUGGAUACCCAGGUCCUACCAAGAUGACAAAAGAAGAGCUGAAUGCCCUCAAGGCGACGGGGGACGGGACCCUCGGAAAAGCCACUGCAGUGGAGGUGAAAAAUGAAAUUGUGGAGAAUGUGGGGAAAAGAGAAAUCUUGCAAAAUACUGAGCAGGAACAGCACAAAGAGGACCCCGUAGAGGAUUGUGUGGACACUGAGGUCUUGCCUCCUGGUGACAGUGCCGAGGACCGGAAAACCUCUGAAGACAGUGCCCCCUCCCUAGGAACAUUAGCUACAAAUGAGGGACAGGUUCAAAGCUCAGGGCUAGAGAGCACGUCCUUCCUUGAACAUGCAGAGCAGGUUGAGUCCAGGGAGCUCACAAGCACCCCAGAUGCUAGGACUGGGGCUCCCCUUGAGCAGUCUAAGAGCUCAAGUGAACCAGGUGGUGAAACCCCGGGUCCUGCAAUUGGGCAGGGCAGCUGGAAUGCCUUGGAUAUAAAAAACCAAAGUGAAGAAGCUACAGAAAAACAGGAACAAGAAGAGCAAGAUUUUCAGACCAGUUUGGGAGAGGUUAACACAAAACCACACCAGGAACCUGCUCCUGUGCAAAUACCUGAAGUUGAAAAGGUGAGCAGCUCCGAGGGUGCGGUGGAGGCAGGACUAGCUGGAUUGGAGGAGCAAGAGGGCACAGUGGCCUCAUGUCCUCCAAGUUAUAGCAAUGACACAGUGAGUCAUGACACAUGUGCGGUCGAUGUCCCCAGGGAGUUGGGCCCAAGGUUAGAGAAAGAGCUCACCAACCAGGAAGGGGCUGAACCCAGGGAGGUCCCAGUUCUGAGCACGGGAGCAGGGGGGGAGCACAGUGAGGAAGAGGACGAGGGGAGGGGGUUCCUGAGUGAGAAACCAGUCCAGACAGAAGUCCCGGCCAGUCCCUCUUCUCCAGCAGCCAGUGCUCAGGAGGCAGCAGGUGCACAUACAGUAAAGGCCAAGAGAGAACCCAGUGAAGAAAAGAACGACCCACAGGGAGAGGGAUUGGAUUCAUCCCAAAAGAAGACGAAAAACAAGAAAAAGAAAAACAAGAAGAAAAAGUCACCGGCACCUGUAGAAACCCCUCAGGAUGUUAAGAAAGAGUUAACAUUUCAGAACCCAGAUCUAAGUGAAGUUAAGGAAGAAAAGCAGGUAAAAUCUCCUGAUGAAAAAUCAGGUGUGGAAACACAAAAUGAGGUCACUGGAAAUCACAAACAGAACAUUGUGGCCGGAAGCAGUGAAAACCUGGGCUUGCCAGAAGACCCUAAGACGGAGUUGGUUGGAAAACUGAACCACGAAGAUGGUGAUGUCAACACCGAGGUGGGGAAAGGAAGAGCUGAUGGAGAACCAUUACUGUUUGAAGGUGAUACCACUCAGGCCUCAGGCUCCAGAGCCAGUGCUGAGGGGUCAGAGGAAGGAGCUGUAAAAGCUAACGCUGAAGGAGCUGGUGCUGCUCCCAGCCGUCCCCCAGAGAACGAAGAGGUGCCUGGCAGCGCCCGGCUCGGAAAUGAAAGUCCUUCCGAGGACAUUAAUGCUGCCUCUCAAACAGAAGGCACAGAGGGCUGUGUGAUGUCCGAGUUUCCAAGCCAGGAGGUCAGAAAGGUUUUAGGUAGCAUUAGUCUAGAAAACGAUGACUCGGCACCAGCAAGAGAGUCAGGGGACUCCCAUUCAGAGUGCAAAGAAGAGACGAGGGGCAGAAGCGAGAAGGACAAAAGCAAAGAAGACUGCGCGUUGUCAUAGGUUGAGGCUUGCUUGUCAGGCGGAGUCAGAGAGGGGCCAGGACGGCACAGUGAGUCCAAGCAACAGACUCUUGUCCGUUACCUCCGCUGGUGAAAUGUUCUAGAUGGAGGUAGACAUGUAUGACAAUCUGCCACCACGUUAUCUACUACUCUAAGUUAUAGACUGUUACUUGUAGAUUUAUAUUUUAUUAGGGUUAUCACCCAGAUUAAGACACAUUUGUUAUCAUGUAAGUUUUAACUGAGAGCAUUCCAGUAGUAUCAAACAAUAACAUACACUGUUUAUAUUUCUGCUUAUAAUCAAAAUAAACAUAGUUCAUGCCUGCCUUAGGCCAAUAUGAAUGUGGAUAUUCUUGACCAAAUAUAUCAGCAUCUAAUUGAAAUGACCAGAUAGCAUUCUACGAUUCCUACAUUAUGAGUAAAUUAAUUUGUCUCAUUCAAAUAUAUGUGCUUUCAUAUUUGCUUUUGAUAUGUACAUGAUAACCUGCAUGGUAUUUUAUUUAAAAAGGAGAUAAAUGGCCAAACAUCAUGUAGGUCCCUGAGUGAUAAGAUUUGCACCUUAGGACAAUAGCUCAUCAUUUUAGGGAUAAUGAACAUCUUAAAGUCCUGGGAGUUCUUACUUGCCUUUACCUCAUCUAAAGAUUUUAUCUCAGCUAAUGCUUUAGAGUUCAUUGUUCAUGAUACCUGAGUUUAUUUUAUAGAUUUUUUCUCUUUUUUAAAAAAAAAUUUAAUACAUUUUAAUUAAAGAAGUUAAGUGGGAGGGAGGGACGGAGUGGGGGGAGAGAGAGAGAGAGAAACAUCGAUGUGAAAGAGACACAUCGAUUGGUUGCCUCCUGCACACACCCCGACCAGGGCGGGGGAUCAAACUUGCAACCCAGGUACGUGCCCUUGACCAGUAAUCGAACCUGCACCCUUUGGUUCGAUGGCUGACAUUCUAACCACUGAGCAACACUGGCCAGGGCUUAUUUUAUAGAUUUUGACUUCACCUCAUGCCAAUUAUGUAUCCAAGUCAUUUUACACAAAGAUUUUUUUAAAUUAUUUUCUGGAAGAGACUUAUGUUGAAAUUGCAUUUUCUAUACAAUAUUAGGGUGGGAAGAAUCAUUUCUAAAAUUUUUUAACCUUAAAAUUACUUCUCUUUCUGUUUGUCUAAUCAUUAUUCAGAAGACCAAUAGAAAAGAGUACUGUUCUUCAGCAAACUGCUAAUUAGACUAUGACAGGAUAUUUUCAAUAGCUGAAUCACUUUUGGUAUUUUGGUAUAAAUGUUUGCAUUUGUUGUGUCUCCGUAUAGUCUUAUUGGAAAAUUCUUGUUCUGGUCUUGUUGAACAAAAUAUAUAUUUCCUAUAUAAAAGAGAAUUUUUUAAAAUAAUUGUAACAUGAAAUUGAAAAAUAAUUGUAAGAUAUUAAAACCACAAGGGAAUGAACAUUAUGAAUGCUGUUAACACUUUAUGACUUCAUCGUACUGUUACAAGAUAUAAUUGAGUGCAAAGAAGACCAAAGCCUCAAUAAAAUGUGAGGCAAACUUGUUAUCAUGUAUUUGAAAUAAAGACAUUUUUCUAGUUUUACAA